GGAGAAUCGGAACCGGUGAAUGGGUUGAUUCCGAUUCUUCCACUCCUUAAGUAUAAAGGCAGUCCCCCACCCUCACUGUACAUAUCCAGAUUGUAAUAAUGUUCACCACCAAGAUCUACAUAGUCUACUACUCCUUGUACGGGCACGUUGUUACGAUGGCACGGGAAGUGCAUCGGGGAGCCAAUAGUGUUGAAGGUGUGGAAGCAACCCUUUGGCAGGUACCUGAGACACUUUCUGAGAAGAUACUGGAGAAAAUGAAAGCACCUUGUAAAGAGGACGACGUUCCUGUGAUUAGUCCUGAACAACUUAAAGAGGCUGAUGGAUUUUUAUUUGGAUUCCCUUCACGUUUCGGUAUGAUGCCAGCCCAAUGCAAGGCUUUCUUUGACUCAACGUAUGAACUUUGGGAAACUCAAUCACUCGCCGGAAAACCUGCUGGUAUGUUUUGGAGCACAGGUUUUCACGGAGGAGGCCAGGAGAAUACUGCAUUUACAGCCAUGACAGUAUUGGCACAUCACGGCAUGUUGUUUGUCCCACUAGGGUACACGUUCGGAGAUGGUAUGUAUGAAAUGAAUGAAGUAAAGGGUGGAUCUCCAUAUGGAUCUGGAACUUACGCAGGAGAUGGUACUCGUCUAACAACGGAACUAGAGAUGCAACAGGCAUUUCACCACGGUCAGUACCUUGCGGGUAUCGCAAAGAAGCUCAAGCCUCUUCCAACAUGAAAAAGUAGUGUCACAUUUUCUUUUUAGGCUUUGGCAUGUUGCGCAUGUCAGGCUCCUGGCCUCUUAGUGUUUCGUAUUCUUUGUUUCUUACAUAAAUUAAUGAGUCUAACCGAUCGGUCUCAACGUUGCAAAUAGCAAUACAGAUGUUUUGUUUUAUGAUGUAUCCUGAGAGUAUUAGCAAGUCAGAUUUAAAUUCGACGAAAAGAAAAUAAAAAUAGGUUACUGGU